UUGAAACUUUCGUAUCGCCAAUAGUAAUAAAUGUGAAGGAAUUAUUUUUUAAAAUUCCAAAAAAGUUCCCGUUCAAACGAGUCCCGUACACGUUCUCAGGAAUCCAACUCAGACCGCCUAAACCCCUUCAAAGACGAUAACCCCAACCUUCUCUGAAUAUUUCCCUCUUUUUUCUCUCCUCUUUCAGAUUGGGGAUUUGGCGUGGGGUUCAGGGUUGGUCAAAUGUGGCAGGGGAAAACCAUAACUAUAACUAUAAAUACACGCAUCUUACCAUGCGAAUUCGCUUAGCUUUAAUCGAAACCGUGGGAACUGUAGCCUAGAGGAGGGGCUCGCAACAUGACUACUGGCGCUAGCAAGCCUUCUAAUGGUGGCGGUCCGAGCACCAGAGAUGUCAUCUGCAACGGCGGUGCCGGUGCCGCUGCUGGCGCUAUAGCGGCGACAUUUAUGUGCCCAUUGGAUGUGAUCAAGACCAGGUUACAGGUCCACGGCCUUCCUCCUGCCCACAGAGGUAGUGUCAUUAUCACAAGCCUAAAGGACAUUUUAAGGACUGAAGGUUUCAAGGGAUUGUAUCGUGGCCUUUCUCCGACUUUAGUAGCACUACUUCCAAACUGGGCAGUCUACUUCACAGUUUAUGAGCAUCUAAAAAAGCGCCUACUCCAUUCACAUGGGGAUAGCAGCAAUGAACUCACGAUUGGUACAAAUAUGAUAGCUGCUGCAAGUGCUGGGGCAGCCACUGCCCUUACAACAAAUCCACUGUGGGUUGUUAAGACCAGACUCCAAACACAGGGAAUGAGGCAGGGCGUGGUUCCUUACAAAAGCAUGCUUUCUGCUUUGACAAGGAUUGCACAUGAGGAAGGCAUUCGGGGAUUGUAUAGUGGCAUUGUUCCUUCAUUGGCCGGGAUAAGUCAUGUUGCAAUUCAAUUUCCUGCAUAUGAAAAGAUCAAGAGUUAUAUGGCUAGAAGGGGUAAUGAUGGUAACACAACAGUUGAUAAUUUGAGUCCUGGGAGCGUUGCUGUUGCCUCGUCAGUGGCAAAAGUGUUUGCCUCAGUGAUUACUUACCCACAUGAGGUAGUGCGUUCCCGGCUGCAAGAGCAAGGGCAGGCCAGAAAUAGUGAAGUCCGAUAUGCCGGGGUUAUUGACUGCGUUAAGAAGGUGUUCCAAAAGGAAGGCCUUCCCGGUUUUUACCGUGGUUGUGCAACUAAUCUGUUGAGAACCACUCCGUCCGCGGUUAUUACGUUUACCAGUUAUGAAAUGAUUCGUAGGUUCUUGGAGCAGGUUAUACCUCCCGGCAGGAAGCAUUCAUAGACCCACCAAAAAGAAUGCACUGGGGGGGGGGGGAGAGCAUGACAACCUAUUCGCGGCAAUCAUAAAACCCAAUUAACUUAGAGCGGCUAACAGCAAGACAGUGAUUGACUAAUUUUUUGUCCUCUGUACCGUUAGGGAAAUUUUUUGCAAGAAUAAAGAUGCUCAAUUAGCUUGGAUUUGUCCUGCUGAAGAAAGGGAAAGAAAGAACACCAAAAUAAACUUGUUUUAGGCUUUAAAAAUUUAACUUAGUUUUAAGUGCUUUGUGCUUUAGAUUAUUUGUUAAUGCUUUUGUUUUGGAAACAGAAAAUCAUAAGUUAGAAGGAGAAUGGUUUAACAAAUAAUGCCAA